AUGGAGCUGAGCUGCGGAGUGGGGGGCAGCGCAGCCGCACCCCCGGGGCCCGGGCCCCCGCACCCCACCGCAGCCAACCCCCCCCCGCCACCGGAGGGCGAGGAGUACGAGAGCCUGCCCAGCGGAGCCUCCCUCGGCACACACAUGAUGGCCGGGGCGGUGGCGGGCAUCAUGGAGCACAGCGUCAUGUACCCCGUGGACUCGGUCAAGACCAGGAUGCAGAGUUUGCAGCCGGACCCCAAAGCCCAGUACAGGAGUGUGUACGAAGCCCUGAAGAAGAUUGUCCUUACAGAGGGGUUCUGGAGGCCUUUACGGGGGAUUAAUGUCACCAUGCUGGGGGCUGGCCCUGCCCAUGCCAUGUACUUUGCCUGCUAUGAACAAAUGAAAAAGUCCCUAAGUGAGACUCUCCAGCAGGGAGGAAACAGCCACUUGGCCAAUGGUAUAGCUGGGAGCGUGGCCACGCUGCUGCACGAUGCUGUGAUGAACCCAGCUGAAGUGGUGAAGCAGAGGAUGCAGAUGUUCAACUCCCCAUACAAGUCGGUCCUGGCGUGCAUCAGGACAGUGCAGAGGACAGAGGGGUUUGGUGCCUUCUACCGGAGCUACACCACCCAGCUCACCAUGAACAUCCCCUUCCAGGCCAUCCACUUCAUCACCUACGAGUUCCUGCAGGAGCACCUCAACCCCCAGAGGGAAUACAACCCCCGUUCCCACGUCCUCUCCGGAGCCGUGGCCGGAGCCGUGGCCGCCGCUGCCACCACCCCCUUGGAUGUCUGCAAAACUUUGCUCAACACCCAGGAGAACAUGGCCUUGAGUUCUCUCAACAUCAGUGGCCAUCUCUCGGGCAUGGUGAAUGCCUUCAGGACUGUCUAUCAGCUGGGGGGGGUCCGGGGGUAUUUCCGAGGGGUGCAGGCACGGGUCAUUUACCAGAUGCCCUCGACAGCCAUCGCCUGGUCGGUGUAUGAGUUCUUCAAGUACUUCCUCACCAAGCACAAGCUGGAAAAAAGGACAUCUCUCUGAAGUCCCCUUAAGGGGAGGGUCUCCACGAGCCACUCUGUCCCCCCCUUUUACCCCUAUCCACGUGCCAGCUCUGGUUCUCCAAGAAGGAGCAGCCCCAGGUGACUUCCAGGUGACGUCCUGCUGGGGGAUGGAGGGGUUCAGGUGAUGCUCAGUCACCUUGUUCCUCCUCCUUGUUGAAACAAAUGCAUAGUUUAUAAAGACUUAGAAUAAUAUAUAUAUAUCUAUAUAUUUAAUAACUUUAUUUUGGAGAAGUGAAAUGAUAACUGCUAUUUUUUUGCUGAAGAUGUUUGAAGUUGUGGUUUACUCCUUCCCAAAAGGCUUAGGUUUAGACAACCUAAGCUGCUUUGCUUUCUUUUUACAGCAGAGAGACAACUCUCCAGCCCCAGAAG